GACACAGUACUACCAAUGGCAUCCGGUUGGACUGAGGAUCCAUAUCCGCGUCAGCAGUCGCAUUAUGAGCUGCUGUCGUACACGGAUUUCGAUCGGUACGAGCCACACACGGAGGAAGGGCUGACAAUCCUCCGCAGGAAAGUGGGUUAUGCCUUCUACGGUCCACCGACAAGGGGGCCAGACCUCAGAAACGGCUACACCGGAUACAGCGGGAACCGCCUCGGGACGGUCAAAGCCGUAGCUAGUUGCUUAAUAGAGCUGAACGGGAAGAAGACAUCUGGAAACAGAGAUCAACUGGAUAUGGCUAUUGUCUUCGUCUUUGUAGACUACAGAGACGAGGUACUGCAGUUCCCCGUCUUCCGAGUGUGCAUGUCAGAAUCGGAGUGCAAUUUCGUCGACGCCAACUGCCGUGUGUACUCUACGUGGAACAAUUUUCUGGAAACUAAUGAGCUGCCCCCGGGAAGGUGCUGCUGGCCACUCAACGGCGUCUACUGCGGCGACGCGCAGGGCAACGUACAAGUGGAGUGGGGCGUCACACCUGCAACAACUAAUGAAAUACAGGUCCGGUUGCCAGAACUGGAAACGGUGGACAUUGUAAGUGCGGUGUCCGCCAUUGGAACUUCGGCCCUCUUCGUGGCGGCGUUGGUGGUGCCAGUCUCGGCGCCAGUGAUGGCGGUGGCUGGCGCAGCCGCUACCGUGUCAGGGCUAUACUAUGCGGUACGGAGCGGGCGGACGCCUGUCGACAGCCAUUGGCACCAGCCGGUCUCCAGCUUGCUGCGCGAUCAGCAGCUCACCUACAAUGGACUCAACGUCACGGCCACAGGUGUCCGCUUCGGCUUUCUUUCUGCGCCGGGUGUCUUCCCGUUCGCCUCGUCAGUCCUCUUCUUCAUGCACACAUCAAUAAACUUCAGGACGGCCACUAGAGAUAGCCACCCGAUUUACUUUCGAAGAGAGAAAGGAGGUUUCAGCUUGGAUGGAAGUGUUUGAAUCACCCUGUAACAUCG